GAGAAACUCCAGCCCUCCAGCCUCCAGGUUGUCCCCUCUAUCAAUAACUGUACAGGUCUCUCUUCUAUCCCCACAAUUGCUAGCUUCAAAUAAAUCUUAAGAAUGCCUACUAUGACUACUGCUAUCUCUCCCUCUGAACACACUAGCGUGGCAUCUGGCUCUAUUAUCUCCAAAGGAACGGAAAUUCUGUGCUUCGCGUCCAUCAUCCCAGCGCUCGCCAUUAUCUUCUACGUCAGCUCUCGGAUCAUGCAUGGUGGCUCAACAAAGAAGAAGAUUGAACAAAUGGAUAACUCAAUCAAUCGCGCUGCCGAAUACCGAAAGAUUCAAUCUCCUGCUGUUCCGGACAUCGAGGAUGCGAUUUUGAAACACCCUGAAGCAUCUCACCAAGCCAAGAAAGAAAGCCGAAUUCAAGACUUGCGCAGGUAUUUUGGUAGCCCGCCUUCAGACCCUUCCCAACCAGCAUACAAGCCAUUUGCGAAUCAUCGUUGUUCAAUUUCUAUCAAAGACCCCGCUAGCUCCAAGGCUCGUCUUAGCCUACGUCCUCUGAGUUUUCUUUCCGUGAUCAAGAAGAGGCAUGCUAAGACCAAGCCCCCCACCCGUGAUCAACCUGACCCGUAUGUUACUCAUUCGUCGCACGGCUUUUCGGAUACGAACAGAAGGGCCUCAAUCCGUCUGUGGCGGAUCGCAGACGCUGUCGUGGGUGCGCAUCCCCGAGCCGAGCCUCUCCAUGCUCGUUUGUCCGUGCAUGGGGGUGUUCUUUACGUUGGGGACAGCCGGUUGGUCUCAGACAACGGUCUGGGAAUUCCUUGGUAUCAACCUGCAAAUAAAGAAUCAGUCAUCAUAAUUCCCGCCAUUGCUAGAGGUGCUUCAAUGAAGUCCGUAGGCUCAACCUCUAUCACAUCUACCGGAUCCGAGCGAGCCCCAAACGCUGAUCCCGAUUCCAUGGCCAAUACAAACUUGGCUCCGAGAAAUAUUUCUAUCGCAAAACCUUCUACGUGUAAUCAAACUAGUGCUGAACCCGAUGUGACUGUCGUCUCCAACUCGCAAGUCGUGCAGCCGGUCCUAGCCACGCCAAAUUCAUCUGAACCAAUGACUUACUUUGCUCAAGUAAAUUCCGAAUCUCCCUCGUCUCCCACCAGCUGUCACCCUGCGGAAUCGAUUAUCAGCAUACCAGUCUCCGAAGUAAAUAGUUCAAAUUCCAACAAAGAUUCAGAUAUCGUUUCAACCCAAUCAGUGGAAAUAGCACUUAAUGCAAAGUCGCAUCACAAUCGGAGGAUGAAGACGAAGGCUAUCCCUUCAAAUUGGGAAGAACGUGUGCCGGGAUUGGUCACUAUUGCUCCGCUUCCUGCCUACUCGGCAAUUUCGAAGAAGGAAUCGAAAUCAUCGGUAACAACCACAAAGAAAAGCAGCAAUUUUGGGACUUAUAAAGGGCCGAGAUCCGAAUUGAAGGUGGUCACUAACCGCCCAAUUGAAUUACAUGAGUGUCACAAGUCGGACGUGAAGAAUUCCUCGCGUGGAUUGAGUGCCCGACUUCGCGCGAGCAGGAGCAGGAAGCUCACGCCGGAUGGGAAAGAGAACGUCCCAGUGAGUAUGGGGUCAACCAACGCUGCGUUCUGACAUGCUACGAUCAACAAUGAAUUGUUUCACAUUUUAUCCUGUAUCUUUCAUCUUUAACUAAACCAAACUCUCGUCAAACCACAUCUACAUCGUUUUACAACCAAAGGGAGGACAUUGUUUAGUUCGUGGUCGCAGU